UCAAACUUGACGCAAAAUCCGAAAUAUUUUAUUAUGAAUUUUACUUGCAAUCUGCCCACUCGCUUUCGAGUAAAUACGCCUGGGAAUAUCCAAUUAUUUUAGUUGCCAAAAACAAACGGGUCACCCAUGACGAGCAUCGUUGUCGACGAUGCCGCAUAUAGGCAUGAAUACUUUCUGCAAGAAGCGCUUAUGAUUAGCCGCGCCAUCACGGACCAGUUGCAGGCAGACGAAUGCGUUUUCCAGGAUUAUCUAGGCGAACUGCGGCAUACGGGUGCCUUUGUGCACGGAACAGACAUGGAACUGCCACUGACUUUUGAGGUCUUCUUGCCCAUCCGAUUGCCCGUUGCGCUGGCACCCAGCUUCGAUGAGAAGCAACGCACUGUGCAGCUGCGGAAGCCCGACACGGAGCAUCCCUUCUUCUUUGGCAACCUGCUGAACUCCACGAACAUGAACCUGCUGCUGGAGCAGGAGCUGCAGCAGGCCAUCGCCAGCAUAGGCAGCAUAGAAUCCAAAUCGAAAGGCGCUGUGGUGUACGACUUGAGCUACAGGGCGCACCACUUGCGCCGGGUGCCGUUCAUGCACCAGAUCCUGGCCGUGGAGCGGAACAGCAACGGGCGGCGAUGCCUGCGCUUUGACUUCAUCCUGGCGAUGCUGUUCGAGGGGCCGGUGCUGCCCCUGCCGCCCUACUAUGAUGCCCCCAUCAACUACACGUGGCUCGCCUACACCAAGAUCGCCAUCGAUCGCAACAGCAAUCCGGCCGAUUGGGGCGUCCUGGUGCCCAAGUGGCAGACACGGGAUCUCAAAGCCGCUGUGCUCUGCCACAACGUGCUACUUAACACGCACUGCCUGCUGAGCACCCAGCAGUGUCCCAACUAUGUCGCGCCGGGCUGCCUGAAGCUGGGCUUUGCCACAGCCGUCCAGCAAAUCAAAGGCUUGGGAUAUGCAGGCACGCCCAUGCAACAGUUCACUGUGUUGAUUAUGAAAAAAUUGGUGGAAAAGAACAUAUUCCGUGUGGAUUCCACCAAAAAUGUGAAGGGUGUACUGCUCAAUGCGCGCCAGCAGCGUAUGCGCGUCGAGGGGCUCAUGCGAAUGCUAGAAAAUCCCCAAGAUGAGACGGCCAAUAACAUUAUGAAUGCGUACAAGAAAUACAUCUAUGUACCGCCGCCGCCAAAGCGAUCCAACAGCGCGCCACGAGGCCUCGACUCGAACGUAGCAAAGCGACGCAAUAGCAUUUAGAGCAGAGCUUCAUUCAGACUUUUAAAACUCAAUUGACCGGAAGAGAGUGGACGAGGGUUGUGGGCGAGGCGAGGGUUCCCUUUGGGGGCUUCUCUUGUUAUUUGUAAGUGGUUGUGAAAUUUGAGUUGAAAGGUUUGAAUUGGCCAACCUAAUCCUUUCUUGUGUAUGCUUGCUGUCAGAGUCUUAGUGUCAAAUCUCAGUAAUUGAGCAACUUUAGUGCCCACAACCAGAAAAGGGACAAACCUGAGACAAAAGUUAAUAAAAGCCAACU